UUUGUUUUGUUAUUGAUUUGCGCACAGUAGCUCUUGCAUUUGUUUUUUAACUAUGCUAAAUAUUUUAAACGAUAUCGUCCAUAAAAUUGUUCAAAAGCAAACAAACAAAAUUUAUAAACGAACAUCCAUGCACAUAUGUAUACACUCUUACAUAAAAUAAAAUAAAAAUCAACAUGAAAUUUCAUCAGAAUGAAGCUAAGAGUGAAGUGCAAAUGCUGACGCCUCCUCCUCAAGGCGCUGGUGAAGGGGAGAAUGUGGAAGAUACUCCUGAAUUAUUGCUCAAAAUGCUUGUGGAUGCUGUUUGGAAACUAUGGAUACAAUUCAAGAUUGCAGCUUCUUUUGUAAUGGUUGAUCUGGGAGGCUACCAGCUGUUGGAUAAGAUGGUACAAUGGUGUGUCAGAAAUCCGCAUAAAGCUAUUUGUAUUGCAGCUGCACUUUUAGUUUUCCUACUUCCAUUCUUGAUUAUGUUAGGUAUUGGGCUUUCAACUCUACUCAUGACCCUUACCGGGUUUCUUGUUUUGGAAGGCAUACUUUUGAGUAUAGUUGCAGCGCUAUUGAUGGGUUGUGUGGGCUUCUUAGUUUUAGCAGUACUAUUUGUGAAACAACUAAACCGAACAGCAUAAACUCGAGAGACUAUACCAAGAAUCAUAAUCGGACAGGUUCCAUCAUUCACUUCCGAGUAAAUUUUAUUGAAAUUUUCUUCCGAUUCCAUUGGAAUUCACUCGGAGGUGAAUUACAGAAGCUACCUGUACAUGAUUUUCUGCGAGAAUCGCGUAGUAGAGCAUAAUUAUGACAGAAUUGUUUUAAUAGAAUUAAUAAAAUUAUUUCUCGAAUAAGUAUUUAAUGAGAGACGAAA